GUUCCAACAAAUAUGUCCAGGCUGACAACUCAAUUUAUUUAUUCUCAUCAUCCAUUAGAUAUUACAAUACAUUCACCUGCUAGAGAAACAGUUACAUUUUUUACCUUACCUCCUGGUGAUUUUAUUAUUAUGCCAUGUACAAACUCACCAAAUUGUGAAACAAAAUUUUUAUUGCGGAUUUUGAUGGAUGAACAUUGUACAAUAUGGGAGGUAAAUGAUGACAACAUAAUAUAUCGGGAUUUAAGUUUCUUCAGAGCUGAAGAUUUUCAGUUAAAUCAAAAAAGAAGAAAUGUUGUUAUAAAAAUAAUAGAAAAAUUUCCAGAUGAUGUAGAUUCAGUUUUACUAUUAAAGAUUCUGAGAACAUAUUGGAAAUCUUUCCAUUUAUUAGCUGAGAAACCAGGUCUAGAACUUUGCAGAAAUCUAAUUAUGUUGAAAGAUCCAUUAAUAACAGGAAAAAUAUACAAAACUGAUAUUGUUUCUCUUUUUUCUGCAGUUCAGUUUUGGAGAACAGUUUUUUUGAAAUUCGAUUCAAGUCAUAAGGAAAGAAUAAGCAGCUUUCAUCUUCGCUCAUUACUAAUGGAAGCAGGAAUUACAGUUAGUAAUAAAGUUUUGGAAUGUUUAAUUGUACGAUUUGCCAAAAAUGACUACUUUCUAUUUGAUACAUUUUUAUUGGCUCUAGUCAAGAUCUAUCUAGCUCAUGAUAUCUAUCCUAUAACUGCACUUCCCCUGGAAUAAACCAGCUUGCCAGUUUUUAUCAUAUGGAAAUAUCUGAUUUCAUGGUCUCCCUGGAUAGACUAGCAUGCCAGUCAUUCUGCUAAAAUAUGGUAUCAAGAAAAGAAAAAGAAGAGUACAAUUCAAUUAUCUCUUGACGAAUUUAUAAAGAAAAUACCAGAUAAGUUGAAAACCCUUUUUGAUGUUCUUUACAUUGCUCUACUUUCAUACACAUUUUAGGAACCAAUUAGGUAUGAAAGUAAAGGGCCAGAGGAAUUUAAGAUCAACAUCAACAAAACAUCUGUUACUGUCAUAGUAAUAAGACUAUUGAUAUAUUUUUACCUUGAUUAAAUGAACAUUGCUAUCAGCAGACAAUGACAAAAUAUUUCAUAUCUUUUCUAGUCUCCAAAACUUCUGCAGAGAGUAUAAUGGAUUACAUGUUAUCAUAAAUAUCAUUUAAAAGAUAACAUGUUUGUUUUCAGUGUCAUAAUUCUAUAGAAUUUUGUCUUUAAACUUGUCAAAUGAGUUUUUACACUUCCAUGUUUAGAUAAUAUUUUUGACAUUAUCUGCAUCAAAUAUUAGUAGAUUGAUACUGACAUUUCCUUCCAUGAUGGAAAGUAGCAUUAACUAACAAAGGGAAUUUUGAAGGUAAGAAUAACAAAACAAGAAUGAAUCAAGUAAGGUGUUGGGAAAGUUACCAAACAUUCUACUUUGGAUGCUUAGAUAGCAAAGUUGGUAAUGUUGACUACCUAGCUUGUUAUAGUUGCAGUUUUGAGUUCCACUGUAAUCCAGAUUGUUUUUCUAGAUUUCUCAAAAUUAAUUAUUAAUUAAUUAAUAAUUUGGCACUAAACACUGCUAGUGUCAAAUUAUGUUAAUUAAUUAUCACAUAAAAAUAAUCAUAUAAUUUUGAUGAUUUUUUGACUGUUAUUGACUUCUGUUUUUAUCACAAAUUAUUUUAAAAAAUCAAGAAGUGUUUUAAAAUAUAUGGCAAUUUUUUAACAGAUAUCUAUCCUAAGCACAUCCUAAGCCAGAGGUUCCCAACCUUUUCUACAGUACUAGUAGCCUGGGACGCCCCCUAGUGGACGUUAUUUACAAAUUUCCAUGAGGCACGGUUCCUUUGACUUUUUUGUUCCUAUCAAUAUGCUGUACAGCUCUGUUAA